AUGGGGUCAAGGGCACCUCACACUCUGCUUCUGCUGCUGGCGGCCGCCCUGGCCCGGACCCAGCCCCGCGCGGGCUCGCACUCGCUGCGGUAUUUCACCACGGCGCUGUCCCGGCCCGGCCUCGGGGAGCCCCGGUUCAUCUCUGUCGGCUACGUGGACGACACGGAGUUCGUGCGCUUCGACAGCGACGCGGAGAAUCCGAGAUACGAGCCGCGGGCGCCGUGGAUGGAGCGGGAGGGGCUGGAGUAUUGGGAGCAGCAGACACGGAGAGCCAAGGGCAACCAGCAGACUUUCCAAGUGAACCUGAGGACCGCGCUCCACUACUACAACCAGAGCGAGGACCGCUCUCACACCAUCCAGAGGAUGUAUGGCUGUGACGUGGGGUCGGACGGGAGCCUCCUCCGCGGGUAUGAGCAGUCCGCCUACGAUGGCCGCGAUUAUAUCGCCCUGAACGAAGACCUGAAGACCUGGACAGCAGCAGACGUGGCUGCGCAGAUCACCCGGAACAAGUGGGAUCAGGCUGGUGUUGCAGAGAGACGCAGGGCCUACCUGGAGGGCACAUGCAUGAAGUGGCUCCGCAGAUACCUGGAGCAUGGGAAGGAGACGCUGCUGCGCUCAGAUCCCCCAAAGGCACAUGUGACCCUUCACCCCAGACCUGAAGGUGAUGUCACCCUGAGGUGCUGGGCCCUGGGCUUCUACCCUGCUGACAUCACCCUGACCUGGCAGUUGAAUGGGGAGGACCUGACCCAGGACAUGGAGCUUGUGGAGACCAGGCCUGCAGGGGAUGGAACCUUCCAGAAGUGGGCAUCUGUGGUGGUGCCUCCUGGGAAGGAGCAGAAUUACACAUGCCGUGUGGAGCAUGAGGGGCUGCCUGAGCCCCUCACCUUGAGAUGGGAGGCUCCUCCAUCCACUGACUCCAACAUGGAAACCAAUGUCAUUUAUGUUGUCAUUGGAGCCAUCUCUGCUGUGGCCAUCAUUGGAGCUGUGUUGGCUGUUGUGAGGAAGAAAAACACAGGAGGAACAGGAGGAGACUACACCCCUGCUCCAGGCCAGCCCCAACAGCUGUGAUUUGUCUCUCCCAGAUUGUAAAGAUGACAUUCUGA